AUGAAUACAGAAAAUCAACAAUAGAUAUAGAUUGAAGAAAAAAAGUAUAAUUCUUUAAAAACUAUUCCUCAGUAGGGUCUAUAAUGUAAAUAGUAUUACAAAGCUUAAGAAGAGUGCUUGAUUGAAAAGGUCUAUCCUGUAUAAAAACCUUUAAGCUUACUUAUACUAGAAAUAACUCUUUACAUAUUAUCUGGAGGUUUACUUUUUAUAUUAUUUUCUUGGAAUAAUGAAUGGAAAUUUAAAAUAUUCUUUAAACUUGUUAAUAUUAAUUAAGCUACUUAAAUUGUAGUUUAUGGACCAGAUAAGGAUGUCUAGAUAGAAAAAAUUGUGAAUUUAGAAAACAAAUGUAUUUUUCAAUAUAGAUUUUAAAAAUUUGUUUAUGAUGAAUAGUCCUUAAUUUUCGUGCCAUUUGGCGAUAGUAUAAUCGAAAGAAACCAUAAAGAAAUUAUUGAGUCAGCUAAAACGGGUUUAAAUGACUCUUAGAUUAAUUCCUCUAUUACUAAAAACGGAGUUAAUUCUACUGAUAUACCAGAUUAAGGCGUUUUGGUUCUAGCAUUUCAUGAAUUCUUUUCUCCUUUCUUCUUGUUUCAAGUUGCAAGUUGUCUUUUAUGGUAUUUUGAUACUUAUGAAAUCUAUGCUACAGUUAUUAUUACCACAUCAACUUUUAGUUUGCUUUUUAAGUUAUACGAAGAAAGAACAAAUAUAAAUCGUAUAAAAAAAUUAAGCUAUUUUAGGGGUUAAACAACAGUAGUUAGAAAUGGACAAACCAAAGUUAUCUCUUCAAACGAGUUAGCAUAUGGCGAUGUUGUUAUUUUAAAAGAGGGUGAGACAGCUCCAUGUGAUAUGGUGAUAGUAGAAGGUAGUGUCAUAGUAAACGAAUCUAUGCUUACUGGAGAAUCCGUUCCUAUUAUCAAAUCUGCUCUAGCAGAUUUAGACUGCUAAUUUAGCGAAAAUCGUUAAAAUAUUAUUUAUGGUGGAAGUUAGGUUAUGAUGGUUUCAAAUUCCAAGUUAGUAGUUAUUAGAAUAGGUUUUGAAACUCUUAAAGGGAACUUGAUCCGUUCCAUCCUUUAUCCAAAGCAACAUAAUCAAAUUUCAUUUUAGAAUGAUUCUGUUAAAUUCUUAUCUAUCCUUCUAUUUGUUACAUUGAUAUAAUUCUUUAUUGCAUUACCAACUUUCAUUGAUAACUUAGAUCGAGGUACUAUGGAUUCAUCAGAUUUAAUUAAAAAAUUUUUUGAUUUAAUCACCAUCAGUGUUCCUCCUGCUUUGCCAACAUGCCUUUCCUUUGGUGUCUCCUUCUCGUUAAAUAGAAUGCGUAGAAAACAAAUUUUUUGUAUCAAUAAUGAAAAAAUUAAUAUUUGCGGUAUUGUAAAAAGUGUGUGUUUUGAUAAGACUGGUACUUUGACUGAAGAGCUCCUAUCCUUUAAACUUAUUUCUUCAUUUUUAAGUAGCUCAAACAAAUUUGAAGAUUAGUUUUCUGAAGAAGCUGCUAAAAAAAACAAACACAUAUUUCCUACCUUCUCCAAAAUUUAAAGAUAAAUUAUAGCAUCGUGCCACAGUAUCAUGGUUUAUAAUAACGAAUUUAUUGGAGAUCCUUUGGACAUUGAAAUGUUUAAAAAUUCAUCAUAUUGCUUAGUUGAAAAUGAAAAUUCAAAAAGCGAUAACUAGGCAGAUUAAAAUGAUAAAUUAUUUUAUUAAGGUUAUGAAGUUUUGCAAGAACUUACUUGCAACAAAAGUUUAGGAUCACCAAUUUUUAUUCUGAAAAGAUUUUAAUUUGAUGCUGAUGUUUAAAGAAUGUCGGUUAUAGUAGCUAUUACAAAAGAAAAUCAAAAUUAUAUCUAUACAAAAGGCUCACCUGAAAGCAUUCAGAAAAUUUGUAAAUAAUAAACUAUUCCCAAUGACUUUUCAAAUAAAUUAUAAGAAUUUACAAAUGAAGGAUAUCGUGUUCUUGCAUUAGCUUAUAGUUAGAUUAAUGAAGUUGAUUUUGAAAAAGACAGAAACCAAUACGAAGCAAACCUAACUUUUGCAGGUUUUUUGGUAUUUGAAAACAAAUUAAAACCAGAAACAACAGAACAUAUCAAACUACUUAAAAAUAAUGACGUUUAAGUCCGUAUGGUAACUGGUGACAAUCCUGAAACUUCCUUGAAUAUUGCUAAACAAUGUGGAAUUUUAAGUUUAAAUUAGUAAAUUAAUCUCCUUGAUUAUAGUAAUAAUUAAUUUACAAUGAAUGGAAAAAAAUCUGAUUUAGAUUAAUUUAUAAAUUCAGCUUCAUUUGUUUAAGGAUAGGAAUAGUUAGUUAUUACUGGUAAUUUUUUUGAAGAAUUCCUCCAAAACAAAACAAAUCAGAAUUCAUAAUAAAACCAAUGCGACAUUGAAAGCAAUACUUGCUCAAAGAGAACUAGCUUAUUCUUUACUCUUAUUUUAUAGUACGGAAAAGUUUUUGCGAGAAUGAAGCCAGAUUAGAAGUAAAGCUUAAUACAUCUAUUGCAAAAGUAUUAAAAUCCAGAGUAAGGAUACUCAUUUGUUGGAAUGUGUGGUGAUGGUGCAAAUGACUGCUAAGCUCUGAAAGAUGCUGAUAUGGGUAUUUCAUUAGGUGAAGCAGAGGCUUCCGUUGCAGCUGCUUUCACAAGCAAGGUUAUUAAUAUAAGUGUUAUUGAAUACAUUUUACGUGAAGGUAGAUGCUGCUUAACAACUUCAUUUUAAUGCUUUAAGUACAUGGCCCUUUACUCUCUUAUAUAAGGUUUCACUUAAACUUUGACUUAUUUUCGUGGUACACAACCAGCUGAUAUGUAGAUUCUGUAUUGGGAUCUUUUUAUUAUCAUUCCUCUAACAUUUUUCUUAGGCUUAACUGAAGCUAGUGAUAAACUUACACCUGAUAUUCCAGCACAUCGGCUUUUCUCAUACAAAAAUAUACUCUCUGUUGCUGGCUAAGGUGUUAUUUAACUCUUGUUUUUAAUCAUAACAGUAGCUACUACAUGUAAUCAAAGCUGGUAUCUUAACCCAUAAUAAUUAUCUAAAGCUUAAGAAUUUGAAGACGAAGAAUUAGCACCAACUACAUAUGACACAACUGUUCUAUUCUGGGUUUCUAACUUCUAAUACAUUUUCACUGUAAUAGCUUUUUCUAUUGGUUCUGUUCAUAAAAAACCAUUCUAUACAAACAUUCUAUUCACUUUCUUCCUUGUUUCAAUCACAGGCUUGAGUUUACUAAUUAUUUUCUCAGAACAAUAACCCAUACUUGAUUUCUUUACUCUUUUUAUCAAAGCUACUAAUUAAAAUGAUGAAAUCGUUUCAUAAAUGGAUUAUAGCUGGAAAUUCGUAAUUUUAGCUAUUAUUUUAGCAAAUGCUAUAGUAACAAUAUUGUACGAAAAGUAUUUCUUAGCAUUUUUAAAUAAUUUACUUGAUAAAAAAUAUAGAAAGGCUUAUUAAAAUGUUGAAAGUACAACUGUAACUUAAGAAAUCUAAAAAGUAUGCACUUCAACUUCUCCGAAGUGA